UUGGUGUGUGUUUCUCUGUCUGCGUGAGAGCUUUGUCACAAAUCAGAGUGUCGGCGUCUGUAGAAGCUUACAGGGCAAGAGUUCACCGGUUUGUCCAACUCGUUCUCGGAGUCUGAGGAUAGCGGACGGACUUCACAGGCAACAAAAAAGCCCCAAAACACACGUGAUCGGCAAAGGAGUCGCUGCAGUCCACGACUUAACUCAUGGAUAGAAGUUAAGCCCGCAGAGGACGGCGGAUAAGUCUGGCUGACGUUAAUAGCGACUGCUGUUAUUGACUUUGACGACAGCAGCGACGAUGCCUGUUUGACACGGAGGGGGGAAGCUUUCUGCUUUCGGGUGAUUGAGAAAGGGAAGGGCCUGAAACAUGAUGUCCAUUGGAACUGAUAGCUGACACCGUAGAAUGAGAGAGGAUGGAGCAGACAGGCAACCCUGCCCUUGAGAGCAACAACCCUAAUGGGUUUGUCAACCGAGUGUUUAAUGUUUCUCUGGAUGUGGAGAAUGAGACCAGCAGUGUUUAUAUUCAGGAGACUGGAACAGGGCCUGCAGAGGGGCAGGAAGAGACCCAGGCUGCCUCUUCUCAGACCCCUGUCAAGGACAGACAGGAGGUCAACAGGAGGCCUCGUGCCACAGGGGGCAUCUGGAGGAUCCUGAACCGAAAGCGAGCUGUCUCAGAGCUGGAGAGGAGACCCCACUCCAUGAUCUUGCCAGGGGAGGCUUCCAUCCCUAAACUCUCAUUCGCUGACAAAGUUCGAUCCUUCAAGAAGCUUAAAUCCCCGGCUGUAUUCAGAGGGAAGGCAGGGAAAUUGUCCACUGCAAAGUUUACCAGCUCUUUGGUGGAUGAGGAGUCUUUCUGCCAUGAUAUUGGCACACCUCAGCAGCCCAGUGGUGGCACGCUUAGACAGCGUGGCCAGAGGCAUUCGUAUGCUGGCUAUACAGCGCAGUUUGACUGUUUGUUUGAAGACAUUGACCUCUCAGCGUCUAUGGAUGGCCAUCAGCCCACUGUAACGGGCGAGGCUGUGACUCAGAAUGGCUGUAAACCGUCUGAAAAAGUUUCCUAUACUAAAAGAAGCCACAACAAUUCAGCCAACUGCAACAAAAGUGCUGCAGCUUGUGAAGAACUAAGCACUAGAGAUAGCCCGAGGACCCACCGGAGUGGAGGAAGGAGGCACAAAGAUGUGUGGAGUUACCUGAGGAGGAUUUCCCUUUUGGGGAAGACCAAUCCUGUGUAUUCAGAGAGAAGCUUUGACUCUGAGCUUCCCUCGCUGGACAAAACAAUAGACUCGGACUAUGGCUCUGUGGACUUUGAGAGUGUCAGAGAGUUUCAGCCACCUCCCCCGAAACAGUCGGACACCAAGGGGCACUUUGGUGGUCUCUUCAAAUUUUUCAACAACUUUGCAGAGACAGCUAGACGAUGGCGAACAACAUCACGCUCCUUCUCUCCUCCAGAGGGGGAGAAGACUCCGAUGAGCUCCCCACGGGCCCCACAGCGUGCAAUGGACAAUGUUCACAGUGUGUCUCUGACACUUCACAAUGAAGGACUUCCAACAUCCCAGCCUACCCCUUCAUCACCAGUGACUACUAAAUUCUUACACUCCAAUAGCUUUGACGGUGACACUCCAGCACCUGUGACAGGUGGACGAUCACCUACAGUGGUCCUAAAAGCCUUUAGGCCCUGCUCAGGACCUCAGGCUGUCAAUGGCCUUCAUAGUUUUGAAGUUACAGACAAACCUGCUGACAGAGAGACAAACCACCGGUCCAAGGCCAUAGUAGAAAAUCAUGUCCCUCAUUCAGGCUCAAACAUGGAGGCUGAAAAUGAAGCAGAAGUUGAAAGGGACCAAUCAGAUUCUCUCUGUCAAGAGGGAAAGGUAGCGGGACAGACAGGAAAUGAGCAGGAUUCCCGAGAUGCUCCGCUUGACUCCCACCAGAUACAGGAAGUGAAUGUCCAAUCACAACAAGGUGAUAAAGAGAGCACAACCAAUAGCGUACCAGCAUCAGAUUCCACAGAGGAAAUAUUUAAGCUGUGUGAGCAGAUUGCCAGCCAGACAGGCUGCAGUGUAAGACAGCCUGGCCCGGCCUUGCCCCACUCGAGCACAGAGAAGACCUCUGUACCUCAGAAGCGCUUGCGCCCUCGUCCUCGCCCGGCAUCAGCUGUCCUGGACCUUUGGAGACCCAACCCGGACCGAGAUCUCGACAGCCAUUACAGUGAGGUCGGCUCACUUUCCCGAAGGAGACGCAGGCCUGCUACCACAGUGCAACACUCUCUGGGGCAGAGAGGGAUGGCUUCCCGCGCCAGGCCUUGCUCUGUCAUAGAAACCAGUGUUACUAGGGAGACGCAGUCCACGGAACUGCAUCACAGAGCCUUGUCUCGCCCCCCGGGUGUGUCACCGUUAGAGCCCCCACACAGGGCGUCUCUCCAGCGGUGUCGCUCCCUGCCUCUCCCCCCCAGCACUCUCACUGCAUUGGCCCUGCUCCUGCCACAGUCAGCAGACAUGGGGCAGUCCUCAUCAACAGUGCGCCUGCGGUCUGGAGGUUCUGGUAGCUGCAGGAGGAGGAGGCUGUUAAGACCUGGGUCAGAACCACUACAGGUCAACAUAUUGAUAAGUGGAGGUUCAAUCGUCAACGCUGAGGCGGUAUGGGACCAUGUGACCAUGGCGGACCGGGAGUUGGCGUUUAAGGCCGGCGACGUCAUCAAGGUGCUGGACGCCUCCAACAAGGACUGGUGGUGGGGCCAGAUUGAUGAGGAGGAAGGAUGGUUCCCUGCCAGCUUUGUACGGCUGUGGGUGAACCAGGAAGACGGUGGGGCAGAGCCAGCUGAGGGAACCAGCGAGGUGCAGAACGGGCACCUGGAUCCAACCAAUGACUGCUUGUGUCUGGGCUCACCCCUCCAAAACCGAGACCAGAUGAGGGCUAACGUUAUAAAUGAGAUUAUGAGCACAGAGAGACAUUAUAUCAAACACCUCAAGGACAUCUGUGAGGGCUACUUGCGCCAGUGCAGGAAGCGCGUGGACAUGUUUAACGACGACCAGUUGAAGGUCAUCUUUGGCAACAUCGAGGACAUCUACCGCUUUCAGAUGGGUUUUGUCAGAGAUUUGGAGAAACAGUACAACACAGAGGAACCGCACCUCUCUGAAAUCGGGCCGUGCUUUUUAGAACACCAAGACGGUUUCUGGAUUUAUUCAGAAUACUGUAACAACCACUUGGAUGCCUGUAUGGAGCUGAGCAAACUGAUGAGGGAUGGCAGGUACCAGCACUUCUUCGAAGCCUGUCGCCUCCUCCAGCAAAUGAUUGACAUCGCCAUAGAUGGCUUCUUGCUCACGCCCGUCCAGAAAAUCUGCAAAUAUCCACUCCAGCUGGCCGAGCUUCUUAAAUACACCGCACAGGAGCACAGUGACUAUCGAUACGUGGCAGCAGCGCUGGCAGUAAUGCGGAACGUCACCCAGCAAAUCAACGAGAGGAAGAGACGGCUGGAGAACAUUGACAAGAUCGCCCAGUGGCAAGCGUCGGUUCUGGACUGGGAGGGGGAUGAUAUAUUGGACAGGAGCUCAGAGCUCAUCUACACUGGGGAGUUGUCAUGGAUCUAUCAGCCGUAUGGACGCAGCCAGCAGCGAGUCUUCUUCCUCUUUGAUCACCAGCUGGUCCUCUGUAAGAAGGAUCUGAUACGCCGGGACAUCCUGUACUAUAAGGGCCGCAUUGACAUGGAUCGCUACGAGGUGCGGGACACUAUAGACGGGCGUGACGAAGACUUCAACGUUAGUGUGAAGAAUGCCUUUAAAUUGUGCAACAAAGACAGCGAGGAGAUCCACAUCUUCCUGGCCAAGAAGCCAGAGGAGAAGAUCCGCUGGCUCAGGGCCUUCGCCGAGGAGAGGAAGAUGGUGCAGGAGGAUGAGAAAAUCGGUUUUGAGAUCUCUGAGUACCAGAAACGACAGGCAGCCAUGACAGUGAGAAAAGUGACCAAACAGAAAGGUGUAAACAGGUGCACGCCCCCUUCAUACCCGCCCCCACAGGACCCCCUCAGUGUGGGGCAGUAUGAGGUAACGGAGGACAUGGCACAAGGAGAGGUUUUUGAAUUCAGUCAAUCCAAAAGAGGCCAGGCUCCUUUCUGGCAGAAUUUUAGUAGAUUAGCUCCAUUUAAGAAAUAGAGAUAAACAGACUCUUCCGAUGGACCAGCUAUUUUUCUUAGAAGCACUAAACACUGGAUGAUCAUGUCCCCCCUCCCCCCCAUGAUGAAGAAAAAUACAAAAAAAACACACAAACACGAGACUUUGAAGUUAAGGACCAAUGUUAAUAUAGAGUGAGAUUGGAAGCUGCGAGAGGACUGAAGACUUGGAUUUAAAACAAAGAAAAAACGUAUAAAAAAAUAAACACAACUUUACAGUUCAUAUAUGUUAGUAACAUUCUUAGUUAUCAUGCUUCUCCGGCUGAGUCAACUGUCACGAACUCUUCCCCCCUUUCUGGAUAAUCACGCCAUCUGAAUGUCCUGAAGUCAUCGAGAUUGUUACAUGAGUUCAUUUUCAAUCCAUCUUCUGGAAAGAAACACGAGGCCAAGCCAAGUCAUUCCCAGUAGUAUGAUUGUGACCAAAACAAAAAACAACAAAAAAAAAGCUGAGAUCUUGCUGUGCUGCUAUGUGAGAUUGUUUGAUGCAUUCUUCUGAAUGUGAGAUGACGACGUCAGCCGAUCGCUGCGGCGUGUGAAGGACCUGCCAAGCUCGGCUGUCAACCUCACCUCUGAGUUAGCUCCAUCCUGCCACCGAUCACGCACCCAUCGAGUCAUCUCUGCGGUGCUGAUGUCUGCGUCUGGACCUCCUCCUCGUGCUCAGAGCUUCAUUCUCUUCUCUGUAGCUGCUUGCAUAUAAUAGCCCCCCCCCUCUCUCUCUGUUCACAGUCUGACAUUAGGUGUUCCCUUCCUUCUCCGCAUCCCACUCGUCCUCUCUAUCUCUCUAUCCACCUGCUCUGCCUCUGUGAGUCAGUGGCUCUCAGAGGAAGAGUUUCACUCUUUUGGAAACCUGCCAUUGGCCGUGAUGUGAUGAUGGGUCAGGGAACAAAUCAAUAGGCGGAACAUCAAUAGUAUAUUUACAUCCGUUCACCAACCACUCGUGACAGGGUAUUCAUGUCCGAUCGCGCUGAGGGGGUGUGUGCACGCACUGGAUUUGGCGGUGAGCUUAGAUGAAGCAGCUGGGAGCAGGAGAUAGGCUGGCUACGGUCCGCCUGCCUUGUGCCACAGCCCCUCUCCCACCCCGCCCUCCCUAGAGACCACCCCUGUAGCACUGUGCUGGCACCUCACUGGGUGGAAAAGAGAAAAAAAAGCACAGCCUACCUCCAGAAAACGAGCGGUGAAAGUGAAGUUGUGAUGCAUUGGCCAAAAGAAUAACAUGUCAGCUGUCAAAGAAAAGACUUCGGUUAAUUAUUUUGUGUCACUCCCACUGUAAAAAAGCACAGCACGUACUCCCGUUUUGAGUAUGAGUGAUACAAAUAUCAACAUGUCAGUGUGACCAAUAAAUAAGAAGCCCAUCCAGUAUUCAAGGGGGCGGGGGGUGUCUAAAAAAGUGAUAAUGAUUUGUGAAGUGGACCAAAACUAACUGGGGAAACAAAAAAGUCGACUGCAGCAGUGCAAGCCGAUGCCGUAUACGGAGAUAGAAAGGCGGAUUUAAUCUGUAGCAUGCAGGUUUCCUCUGACACAUUCAUACAUCUCUAUAGACUCCAGCUCCAAACCUCUGCUUUCUGCCUCACCCCUCCUCACGUUGCCCCCCUCCCCCCAGAUCUGGCAGUUAGCUCCAGCUCUGCUUAAGUGAUUUCCAAAGGACUGUGGCGUGAUCAGAUUGGUUUUGUUUAAUCAACAAAAAAGUGCGUGAAGCCGUGGUCUGCGAGAGAUCCUAGCAUCAUAGAGUCCUUCAGCAGUAAAAGAGAAGAUCUGAGGAAGUGAAGAGGAAAAUUUUACAUGCAUCAUGAAGACGUAUUCUUUUUUUCCCACACUUGGAAUGUAAGUGAAACAUCUGUCCACGGUUUGUGACCACGUUUUGACCUCAGACACAGGAGUACAUUUUGUGUUGAAUUAUAUCACCAGAUGGACAGUACAUAUACAGUUUGACAACUUGUGCAAUGUGAUAUAUCAUUCUAUAUCUAUCACUAUUCACUACAGCGUGAUAUGAAAGAGUUAUAUAUUGUUCUAUGUCAUUUGUUUGCCUUCUUAUAGGCCUUAUAACCUGUUGGAGAAAAAAACAGACCUUACAAUUGCUUUGUAUGUUGUAAUUUAUGUUUUGUUUCAGUAAAGGAAGAUGAGAAAUGGGUGAGUUGGCUGCUGGUGUCUGUAGAGAUGGCUCCCAGUGAGAUUGUUUUGGAAGAUAGUUCUCUUGGCUGGUACGGCAAAAGAAGAUAUGGUUCCUAGGCUAUCGUAACCUCAGGUCCCUUGCUAUGGCCCGCCCUGCCCCACCCCCCUUGCUCCCUCCAACUCCCUGCUUAACACUACCACCAGUACCAACAUACAAAUACAAGCAUGCAGGCAAACACACACACACACUCAAACACACACACACUAAUAAUCAUGCUUACUUGCUGGCCCGUUCUGCUGCGGAGAGGAGAGAUGCUAUCUAACAGUGCCUUCCAGCAUUCCACUAGUGAUUAUCUAUUCAGUUUCACAGGCAGAUUUGAAUUAGUCAUGUAUUUUCCCUUCAGUGCAUCUCUCACUCUCUCUUCCGUUCUGUUCCCACAACCCCCGCCCCUUCCCUCAUGCACACUGGGAAUUCCUCGUUCCCCAGUGCACGAGAGCCGCUCGGACAGAAACUUAGAGGUCAGGCCACUUUUUCCAUAUGAGUAGAUACUGUGCUGUUUGAUUGAGAUCCAUUUAAAAAUUGAAAAACAACUCAUUUUCAUAUAUUAUCGCACAUUUACAUAGGAGCAGUUUUAUUGCACAUUAGAAAUUAAUUCUAAUUUCAGAUGUUUAGAAGCAUCGACUUCUUUUAUUGUGUGUUUAACACGCUGAAAGACAGUUUAAUUUGAAUAUAUAGUAGGAAGCAGAUUUCCAUUAGUUGACUUAGGUUCGCGUGUCGAUCUAUAUUAUUAAAAGUGAGUUAUGAAUCAAGAGUCAUCUAUUUUACCUUUAUCAGCUACACACUGUAAAUACUGUAAAAAGAACAGAUCAUAUAUUUGGAUAUCGGUAUUUUGCGUUGGAGACGAAUGUUGUUCCAGUUCUAGCGUGCGGUAGAUCUCAGUACCAGGUAAUUGCAUGCUUGUGGCAUCCAAUAUUUUGCAUGAGACUUAAGGCAACACUUAACGAGAUCAUUUAGUUUUGUUUAACUUCCAAUUGAAUUUUCUUCUUCUUUUUUUUUUCUUUUUUCCCCGGCAACACGGAACCAUUCAUUUGUGUGUACCCAUACCAUCUCACUAAAGGGAGUUCUUUUCUCUGUCCACCUGUCUCCUGCUCACUUGGCAUUACAGGUUGUAGCUUCUGUUUUUUGUAUUACUAUUAUUAAUAUUAUUAUUAUUUAUUGACACAUAAGAGGGGAACAUCUUUUCCUGAAUUAAACACUGAACUGCUGAUAGGGAAAAUCAAAGGCACUGAUGUUCUCUUAGCCCAGAUAUGAUGGGUACUAUAAACUCUAGCAUCAUUUUAAACCCACACUGCUAUGCUACAGACUGCUGGUUAAUAUUCUUUUCCUAAAUAUAUGACUUUUUUUGGUUUGUUUUAUUUUUUUGUGGAAUGCCAUUAUGUGCAGAGGCAAAACGGGUAAUCAUUUUUCUACGACAACAGUGAACCAAAUAUGAGUUAGCACUGAUCUUGGGUGUUUGUGUAUAGAUUUAGAGCUGAAUAAAUUCGAAACCUCUUGGGACGGGCUAAAAAUAAACAUAAUCCUGAAGACACGCAGUAUUUCAUAGCUGUUCAUAUCACACUCUUGUUCCUUUUAAGUACAAUGACUUGACAUUACAAAGCAGUUCCUCGCUUGUAUUUAUUGACAGCAGUAUUAAACAUUACAAUUUUGGCCACACGGUUUCGAUGAUGUAUAUACGCUGGUUUGAGUUUUCUUAUAGAACUAUCAAUCUGACCUUGCGCUCCGAGCUGAGAGGAUAGCCUUCUGUGCAAAUUAUUUUCUGUUUUCUCGCUUUCUCUUUCCAGUCAUAUAACCAAGGCAGCCAAGUUAGUUGAAUGCAUCAGAAGUUGCACAGAUUUAUGUAAUUCCUUCUAGUCCAGGGUGAGCCAGUAGGCGCGUUCACUCACAGUUAGCAUAGCAACAUCUUCAGUAGGAACUCCUUGGAGUCGGUUAUGCAGUCCCGUGCUGUUCCAGAAUAGUCAGGGUAAAAGUCUUCAAUGAGCCAUAUGCCGAUGUUGGUGUUCAAUGGCAACAAACAGAAGACUGACAUCCCACAUUUGGACACUAUUCAUUGUAUAUUACCAUCUGGUUUCAGGGUUUGGUUUGGGAGGGGGGGUGUCUGGAUUUUUUUUCCAAGUGAAAAAUGUACUCACAGAAUCCUUUGUCAUCAUAUGCAAACAUUUGUCAUUUUCUUUCUUGCUGGCUUUUGAGUUUGAUUAUUUGUUGUAGAGAUGAAAAACCUGAAAAAUAAUGCCUAUUCAAUCCAGAAACUGUGAAUGGGAGAGUGGAAAUGUCAACUGUAUGUACAUUAUAUGUUUUGAUGUAAUCAGAAGCACUGGGAAUAUGUUGUACUUUGCUGUAAAAAAAAUCAAUCCAUAUCUGAUAUAGCUGUACUUUUUGUUGAAAAUAAAACUACAGAACUGCGGGGGGGAGGGUUCGAGGCAUCAGUCUGUGAGUGAGAGCA